AUGUCUGAAGCACCUGUUGCCGUCGAAGCCCGCGCUCUGAAUCUUGUAGAGCAGCGGGAGGAUGAUCCGAAUCUCGCUAAUCUCUCAUCGAUGGAUGAUUUCACAACCGUCAAGGACAUGGAUGAUUUUUAUAGGACCAUGAUGCACGGCAUGCUGUUUUUCUAUCGGUACCGUCGCAACGGAGACCGCUAUGCCAAUUCUGAAAUCUACCCAAAAGAAGUGCCCGCGCUAGUCAAGGCAGGAAAAGUCUUCAAGCCAUUGGACAUGAAUACGGAAAUUACUAUCACUGGAUGGCCUGAGGACCUGUACCCGUUUCACUGGAUUAUGCACCCGUAUCCUAGCUGGAUCAAGAGCGCAAAGCUCGAUUGGGCUGAUUCACCCGAAAAU